AGCUCGCCGGACCGGUUCGCAGCGUGCGCUUCUCUCUGGCCAGUUCAGUCGGGUCUCGGAUCUAGCUACUAGCGGACUGACGAAGUCCUUCUAAAGCCUGCGUCCAAUGUGACGUCGUUUGUUGUAUUUGCGUAAUAAGAACAUACCAGCAGCGGAAAGAAUAACACCAACACCGACAGUAGCGUUCUCUCUAAUCAAGUUUUGUGUUUGCCUCAAUGAAAAAGUUCGCGUGAACCAUUACCAGUUCUUGACACUCUGAUCGGCACUGGCAGUGUGAAGCACACCAGUUCUCAAUCUCUGGGAAUUUCCAAUUGAUCGUGGAGACAGUCAGUCGCACCACGCUAAGCCUCUAGGUUCGGUGUCGUCGUCAUUGGAUCGCUGGUAGAUCUCUUACGGUUUUAGCAAUAAUAUUUGUUCGAGGAUGGUGCGUUGGAUAUUCGUUGGAGUGGGCACAAUCGUCCUGGCCGUGAUAACCUAUGGAGCUCCUCAAUUGCAACAAGGCACUCAACAGUAUCCGAGUCGAACUACCGGAGUCCAACCACCGGUCUAUAAGAACAACACCCAGAACAAUGGUACCAGCGAACUGUUUGCCUAUCCGGAGGAUCAGUCCAUAAUCGACUCCAAGCAGAACGCUAAGAAUCGAACUCCCGUCUACAUCCCGAACCGAUGCCAGAAGAACGAAAUUCUCUAUCCGGGCGAUCAGGAAAGCGAUUGGGUGUGCGACUGCAAACCAACGUUCGUGUACCACCCGCCGACCCGGCAGUGCUACCAACUGUUCACCCAGGCCUUCUGCAGUGACGGCUACAUGGUCACCCUGCAGCCGGACGCCAAACAGCCCGACUGCGUGCAGAACACCUGCUUUAAACCCAACUCGACGAUAGUGCCAUUCAACGGCGAUUGUGUCCAGCUAAACGCCUACUACGAUAGGUGUUCGCACGGGCAGCUCAAGAAGAUCGUCUCCGUACGGGAGGACGACAACCAGCUAGGGUGCGUCAAUAUUUCCGACGUUCCCGACCACAAGACCGUGCUGACCGUCAUGGAAGUGGAGCGAAUGACUGGCGCUAACCGUGGGACUGCUGUGAAUCGCAACCGUAGACAGUAGGGGGGAACGUUACGAUUGAAUGAUGAAAUAUAUUUGGUAAAUGUAAUUUGGAAA